GAAGGUCAACUGUACAAAUAACACAUGUCUAAGUUUAUUUAUUUAGUAUUUUCUUUAGUGAUAGUAAGCAUAAGUUGUUAUAAAUAUGUUUAUGCAUACCAAGAUGUGGAAUCGGCCAUCAACAGACGUCAAUCGAUUAUGGCGAAAUGCGCUUACAAGUUUGGAGUCACAGAUAAUGACCUUAGAACUGCCUUGAGAUCAGGUGAUGUGGAUGCCAUCGAUCCAUGUUUCUGGAGCUGUUGCUUCAAGGGUACUGGAGUUUUGAACAAAGAAGGGCUUUAUGAUUUAGAGGCUACUCUACCUUUCAUUAAACUUACAUUCCGUGAUGAUGACUAUAAAGAAGUGCAAGAAAUAGCGAAAUUGUGCGAAACAGUAAACAAUGAAAUCGUAAAUAACGGGGACGCUGGAUGUGAAAGAGCAGCCAUGUUGGUAUCCUGCUUUUUAGACGGUGGUAGUGAUCGACACUUUUACUAAAUGUUGGAGCUACAGUAAACAUAAUAAGGCCGACAACACACCUGUGACUCGUCUGAUGCGGUGCUGAUCGCUUACCAUUAGCUGAUCCAUGUGCUCGUUUGCCAACUAUUCCAUAAAAUGAAUGUAAUGUUUGUUAUUGAACAAAAACCUGCUCAAAUAAAUAAAGUUAGCAAAAAAAAGUUACAAUAAAGCUGUGUUGGUACGGUGUGACGUUUCUUUGUUUAAUUAUUUUACACAUUGACAUGAUGAAUAUAAACAAAGCUGAUA